AUGUCGCUCGUUAACGAGAUGAACGCUGAUCACCACGUCAGUGGGGACUUGAAGAACCCCCGCAACGAAUCCGUCCCAGUGGAUGCGCCUGUCGGUCUGUUGGGUCAAGGCAGUCCAGGUGUUCGUCGCAUCGAGAUCAUCACAUCGCACUUCCAGUUGGUCGAUCGGAUCUGCCUCUUUUUUGCUGUUUUCUUGAUCGCCUAUGUAUAUGGUUUGGAUGGAACUGUUCGUUACACAUACCAGCCCUAUGCUACUCAAAGUUACGGUCAACACAGUCUUCUUGCGACCAUUAAUGUCCUCCGUGCCGUCAUCGCUGCUGCUGCACAGCCUACUGCGGCAAAGGUUGCAGAUGUGUUCGGCAGAAUUGAACUUAUCCUUGUUUCGAUUCUGUUCUAUACCGUGGGCACUGUUGUGGAAGCAACCGCAACGAGUGUGGAAGGUUUCGCUGCGGGAGCUGUUAUCUACCAGAUCGGAUACACCAGUAUUAUGCUUCUGGUCGAGGUCCUAAUCGCCGAUGUGACGUCUAGCCGAUCUCGUCUCCUUUUCUCCUAUAUCCCAGCCUUGCCAUUUAUUAUCAAUACCUGGAUUAGCGGGAACUUGACUGCUGCGGUUCUUAAGGUCACCACAUGGCAAUGGGGCAUCGGCAUGUUUGCUAUCAUCUAUCCCGUAUGCUCUCUCCCUCUUAUCGCAGUCCUUUUUGUCGUCUCCCGACGCGCAAAGAAGAAUGGGGCUCUUGAAUCAUACAAGAGCUCUAUGCAGCUGCUGGGAAAAAGGCAGCUGGCUGUAGAGUUAUUCUGGCAUCUGGAUAUUGUCGGCAACAUUCUGUUGAUUGGCAUGCUGGCAUGUAUUCUUGUUCCAUUCACCCUCGCUGGAGGCGUAACUGCACAGUGGAAGACAGCAAAGGUGAUUGCGCCACUUGUCAUCGGCAUUUUGCUGAUCCCGGUCUGGAUUUUCUGGGAGAAAACCUGCAAAUACCCCAUGCUGCCAUUCAAUCUUCUCAAAGACCGUGCUGUGUGGGGAUCCCUCGGAAUCGCUGUUAUGCUCAACACUGCAUGGUACUUGCAGGGAGAUUUCCUAUACACAGUGCUUUACGUGAGCUUUGACGAAUCAGUUGCAAGUGCGACUCGCAUCACAUCUCUUUACAGUUUUACUUCCGUUAUCACAGGCAUUAUUCUCGGCCUCAUCGUCAUAAAGGUCCGCCAAUUGAAGCCAUUCAUUGUGGCCGGAACUGUUCUCUUUAUGGUUGCAUUCGGAAUCCUCAUCUAUUUCCGAGGUGGCGCUACAAACUCCAGUCAUUCCGGUGUCAUUGGUGCGCAAGUCCUGCUGGGUAUUGCUGGUGGAAUGUUCUCCUACCCAGCUCAAGCCAGUAUCCAGGUUGCAUCUAAGCACGAACAUCUCGCUGUGAUCACCGGUCUCUAUCUCGCCGCCUAUAACAUUGGUAGUGCUCUAGGAAACACAAUCUCAGGCGCGAUCUGGAACCAAGUCUUGCCUUCUGAACUGGAACAUAGACUCGGCAACGAGACCCUCGCUGCGUCUGUCUACGCCCAGCCUCUUGCGUUCGCAGCGCUCAACCCUGUGGGUACGCCCGACCGAGACAACGUCAUUCUCGCCUAUCAGAAGACUCAGCGUCUGCUGUGUAUCACGGGUAUCUGCUUGACGGUGCCUUUGAUUGCCUUCGCCCUGGUUAUUCGCAACCCAACACUCACCAAGGAGCAAAGUCUUACUAAGGCGGAGGAGGAGAGCAGUGAUUCUGAUAUUGCCACCAGGUGA